UCUCAGUCAUUGGCUCGGUUGGGACUGGAACUAGCACACACGGUGCCCUGACUCGGUUAGCAGUGGCACACAGUGGCUGAGGAGCUGCAGCUGGAUGUCACAGCUGGGAAUACUGCAAUAAUCCCUAAAUGUGAUGAAAAUAUAGGACUUGAAAAAAAUCUUCAGGAGAAUCUGAAACACACAGGGAGAAACUUCAACCUGUUUUGGAAUUUGGAAUUCAUAUCUUAAUUUUAUCCAUAAGGUGUACUAGUCAAAGAUGUUGCCAUAUUGCUCCCUCCUGCUGUUGCUAUGCGUGGCUCGGCUGCUCUCCACCUCCUCGGCCCUGCCCUUCGAGCAGAGAGGCUUCUGGGAUUUUGCCAUGGACAGCAUGGACAGCGGCAGGAUGAUGACGAUGAUGAGGGAUGAGGAAGAAGGCUCGGCCGUAGAGGAGAUUCUCCCCCCUGACAUAUCCAUGUGCCCCUUCGGCUGCCACUGUCAGCUCAGGGUCGUCCAGUGUUCUGACCUCGGUCUGACUGAGGUGCCAAAGAAUAUUCCUUCGGACACCAAGUUCCUGGACCUGCAGAACAACCGUAUCACUGAGCUUAAAGAGAAUGACUUCAAAGGCCUUACUAACUUAUAUGGUCUGUCUCUGAGGAAUAACCUUAUUUCCAAAGUCCACCCCAGAACAUUUGUGCCUCUGAAGCACAUGCAGAAGCUCUAUUUCUCCAAGAAUCUGCUGACCACUGUUCCCAAGAACUUGCCGGCCUCUCUGGUUGAGAUGAGGAUCCACGAGAACCGCAUCAAGAAGGUGGAAGCUGGAGCCUUUGCAGGACUGGCCAACAUGAACUGCAUAGAAAUGGGAGCAAACCCCAUCCACAACAGCGGUUUUGAGCCUGGAGCCUUCAAGGGACUGAAACUGAACUAUCUGCGUAUAUCAGAGUCCAAAUUAACUGGGGUGCCAAAAGAUCUUCCAGAGACUCUCCAUGAGCUUCAUCUGGACCAAAACCAGAUCCAGGCUGUGGAACUGGAGGACCUGAGGCGCUACAAAAACCUGUUCAGGUUGGGCCUUGGAUAUAACCACAUCCGUAACAUAGAGAACGGCAGUCUGUCCUUCCUCCCCAGGCUGAGAGAGCUGCAUCUGGACAACAACCGCCUCACUCGUGUUCCCAGGGGCCUCCCAGAUAUGAAAUACCUUCAGGUGGUGUACCUCCAUUCCAACAACAUUGACCAGGUGGGUGUGAAUGACUUCUGCCCCCGAGGAUUUGGGAUGAAGAGGACUUUCUAUAAUGGCAUCAGCUUGUUUGCUAACCCCGUCAACUACUGGGAGGUGCAGCCUGCAACGUUUCGCUGUGUCAGCAAUCGUCAUGCUAUUCAGUUUGGCAACUACAAAAAGUAAAGACAGGGGGAUACAGAGAGAUAGAGAGAGUGAGAGGAAGGUAAAGGCGGAGAAGCAGAUAAUUUAAAUAAUGAAAAACACUUGAGGGAUUUGGAGGGACAGGAGUUUAUAUUUGAGAUCAUUAUCUUUAUUAUUAUUGUUUUGGGAGAGAGGAUGGGCAAUAAACUGAUGAAAUAGAAAGAGAAGUGAAAAAUACAAUCACAUAACUUGAAGGGAGUGGAAAACAAAGUGCUGGCAGUACUUCACUUAAGGUUUUGAAGGUUUUGCCGUUUGAAAUGGAUAAAACAGAGGAGAAUGUCUGAGAAGAUUUUUUCCCCUGGCCCUAAUCGAUAAAAAUGAGAACUUUUACACAAUAGUGCUUAUUGUGAUAGAUGCCUCUUUUAUAUUAACAACUUGGUUAAGAAGUAAAAUAAAAAUAGAAAAGCAAUGCAUUAUAGUUUUUUUUUUUAUAUACAUAAAAAGGUGCUCUGUAUGACUUUGUGUGUGUGUUGAUUUGGGAGAUAAAUCACGUUGCCCUUGUUAAACUGGUCUGAAGCCAGCUGGCCCUCAACUCUGUGAUUACAUGAUACUGUGUUAAAUCAUCUGUAGUCACAGAUUUGAGGCAAUUAACACCAAUUACAGAAACAAAAACAACUGCACAUGGUGUAGAAACUAUUAUUCAAGUUUACCAAUUCAAAUUCAUUUUUGUACAUAUCACAACAUUUGACUGAUAAAAAGGGCAAUAAGUACAGUUUAAAAUCAGCCUCAUUCGUGCUAACCAUCUUUUCUUAUUGGUCCGAGGUAACGGAACCACCAGCCUGCCUGUGUAAGGAGUCUAUUCUGUGCCUUUACUAAAUGUUAUGCUGUCUGUAUGAUACUUAAAUACAGUGGUAGUGGGGAUUUUGCCCCAUUUAGAGAAAACACACAUCCGCUUUGCUUUGAGACAAUGAAGACAGUGUUUUCACAUAGUGCUACAAACAAUAGUAGUGUUGAUGCAUUUUUUGCACAGUUUUUUUCUGUUAUGCUUUAUCUGCUUCAGGGCUUGGAGGGUUAGCCUGUUUACAAUUAUAGAUCUAUGUGGAACUACUUUAUCCAUUAGUAUUCUGUCCUUACUCUGUUCUGUAAUCUGAUAAACUACUGCUGCAUGUGAAUAAAGACAUUUUUAGCCUGCUGCAUAAAGCCAGAGAACAACUGAUGCCCCUGGGUUGGAUGCUGUGUGAGAAAUAAAGAAGAAAUAUCAAGAGUGGAAAACAUUUGAGUCUAAGCAAAGACAUUCUGAGUCCACACUUAACAUGUACAACACGGUCACAUACGUGACAAUAACUUAUUCUUGGGACAUUCGUGGGAUUCAAUCCUAUGAGAGCGAGAGUUCUGUGAUAUUUUAAUCAAUAUGGCUUGAUGUUAUAAAUUGUCUUCAAUUUGAAACCAUACCCAAAUUUUGAUGAGCAUUUCAUCAGACAUCUUUAAAUGGAAAAUAAAGUCAAAAUAGUAACUUUGUCAUUCAGGGUCAAUAUGACAUCGCAACAUUUAACUUAAGAACACUUAUUUUUCACCGAACUAGAGUCUUUUUUUAACCGA